AUGGGUCUGGCCGAGACGCUGUGCGACACCAUCGAGGCCUCUGUUCACCUCCAUGGCGCUGUCCGCGGUGGCUACGAGGACGAGAUCAACGUUGCGGUCGCGCAUUUCAACCAGCUUGCCUCGGCGCUGGGCGUGUCGCACUGGAUCGUGGAUGACAACAAGCUCCAAGACUCGUGCACGCUGCUCCAGCGACUCCCCAUCCUUGAGAAGAUGCUGGCACAGAUAAGCUACCAAGUGUCGGCCACGGACGUCGCGCCGACGGCCGACGACGUUGUGGCCCGAGCGAGCGGCGCCGCUGCCCUCUUCGGCCACUGCUUUGGGUUUUCUGAGGCGUGGUUUCCGAGCGCCGCCGCCGCCAAAAACGUUUGCGCUGCCGUCCGAUCGAGCGAUCCGGCACCGCAUUGCGAUCUGCCGCUGCGUGGAAAGUCGGUCGUGCACGUGACCUAUGCAACCGUGCCGAUGAAGUCGUUCAACUUGGACGUCCUCUCGGUGCCGCUUACCGCGUCGGCGAUGGAAGAGGCCGCGAGCGUGACCGACGUCGCGACGGCCGAGGCCUUUCUUCUCGGGUAUGGCUCGCACGUGUGCAGCGGCACCUUCCACGUCGGCGGCAUCAUCUGGAAGACGGUCCAUGUGACCACGAAGAGUGACGAAGCGACGGCGUUGCUGCAGGCGGUGUGCCCGGCGAUGGAGAGCUGCGACUUUUCGAUCAACUACAGCAGCUUUCCGUACCAGAGCAGCAUCGAUGUGUGCGAGAGCACGCUACCCGACGAGCUCAAAACGCGAUGCGAGAUAGCGACGGAGAUUCAGUGCACGGGCCCGGACGCGCUCAGUUUUGCGAUCUUCGAGCAGCGGCUCGCCCUCGACCCUGCGACGUGGCACAUCAUUGAUCGUCCGAUGAUGCGCGUCAGCGUCUGGGAGCUCUUGGCGGCUGCUGGUUUAAAGCGCGCUGCCGCCCUCGUGCGCGAUGCGUGGGUCGCCCUUGUCUCGGGAAGCGACUUGCAUUCGGACGUCGCUGCUGCCGUGCAUACAGUGCACGCCGAGGCAUGGCAAACCGAUCGGACGUUUGGCACAGAGCUCAAGCAUUGGCGUGUCGACUGCGCAGACGAUGCCGCCGUGGCGAUUGCUCACCAGGUCGACGCUGCCACCGCCGAUACCGUCGAGAGCCGGGCGCUGGUUGACUUGAUCUUGCUCGCGCUUCGCUUUGACGCUGAGUUCCACCAGACAUUUUUGGUCGACUCGUUGCGGGACCCGCGUCUGCACGCGGCUUUGCGUGUACUCGUUGCGGCCAACGACAUGAUGGCGAUGCUCGAGCUCGGAACGAUCUACGCGCACGUUCUCAACGCCGUGCUGGUCGAGGCAGGUAUCAACCUGGACGCGGCGGUCGAGAAGGCCCUCCAUCGGGCCGGGCAGCUGGCCGCGCUCAAGAAGGACGCCCCUAAGCUCCGAGGCCCGAUGUACCCGUGGCGGGUCCCAGCGCUGGACGCGCGCGACGUGCCGAUCGCAGUCAAGAUCCUUCUUGGUGCAUUUCACGAGGCGGCGAUGCCCGAUGGCGCGCUCUUGACCGCGCGCAUUGGCGAACUGAUCACGACGACCGUCUCUGCCAGCGAUCACAAGGAGCUUUUUGGUGUCGCCCGCAAGUUUGGCUGCACCGACGACGGCUUUCAGAGUAUCCUCACACACGAGCACAUCCUCGCGAUGGCCAAUGCGAUGGUCCAGGCUCUCGGGGACGGUGCGACGACCGAGAGCUCGGACGACGAGAUGCCGCCCGCCCCCGUUCUCGUCAAGAGCGAGCCUACGGUCGACGAGCCACCCAGCCCGAUGCUCCAACAGCCCAUGAGCCAUCUCUUGACGGUCGUGUCCAAGCCCAAGAAGACGACGGACCUUCCCGGGCUCAUUUGGUACACGCUCAAGCACCGUCUGAGUCUGGUCAAGGAGCUUUACAGCACAACGUCGGGCGUGAAGCGCAAGCGCGUGGAUCCCCCUGGCCCCGUCAUCCUUGAUGGGCUCUUGAGUCUCGUGGCCUCGCUGACACCGGCCGCGCGGGCCGAGGUGUACCGUCUUCUUCUCGACCGUCGCUACCUCGUGCCCUUCCUUGUUCCGUCGACACACGAUACGCUGCGAAGCGAAGCACCUGCACUGCGCCUCGUCGAGACGCGUCUCCUCGAAGGCAAGGCGUCGCUCAUGCGCGACGCCUCGGUCACGCGCGUGGCGGUCGUCUCGGAGCAGCCCACGAGAAGCAGCGUGACCAAGGACUGGAUCAAGCACGUCUUUCACGUCGACUCGGUGCACUGCCUCGACCGCACGCACGGCAACAACGUCACGAACCUCCCGGUCGUCGCCGAGCUCGGCUGGGGGUUUCUCGAGGAGAACACGGAGUUUACGACCGUCAUGGUGCUCCACGUCAUUGGCGACUACAUGCUCCUGGAGCCGUUCAUUGUGCAGUUUGCCGACGUUUUGAUCGUCGACACGGGGGGCCAGCCCGUGCGCUUGACGCUGCCCCGGGGCACGGUGCUGCAGUGGUGUCACUCGAACGACGAAGAGGAAGAUGCGUGCCUCAACAACAAGACGUACAUGACGUCUUUCGGACUCGCAUGUCCCAUGUCGUCGUCUUUUGAGCGCAUCACGGGACACAUUUUGGAGGAGCCCCACGAGGCGCGGAAGUGGCUCGUCGACCAGCUGUCGCUGCCGAGCAACGUCCAGCGGGAUUGGUCGAUGCGACAGCGAGUGGCGAGUAUGCUGGCUCAAACCAACUUUGCGACGCUUCGCACCGAGACGCUGGUGCUCCAGCAGCGGUUUGCUUGCGAGUCCGAACUGCGCAUUGCGCUCCAGCGGGAGACGAACGUACCCAACCAAGCGAUGCUGCGCCAGCGCAUCGCCUCCCGUGAAGCGGCCCGCAAGAAGGCCGUGCGCAUGGUGUCUCAAACGCCAUUGCUCGAAUACUUCUUGUACGCUCUCCAACAACCCGAUGUCGCGGUCCGCGAGAUGCGCAUCAUCGACCUCGAGCGUCAACUCGCCGAGAGAUGCGAAGCGAUCACGGCCACGGCGCGCGCAGAGUGCGAGCGGGCGUUCGCGGCCCUCAGCGAAGUCGACAACAAGGCCACGCGAGCCGCGUACGCUGCGGCCCUUGCGACGUUGGGCAACAUGGUCACCGGUCUCGAGCAUCUGUGGCGCGAGCUCUCGCACAUGUAUACGGCCGACCCCGACGUGUACGCGCAUCUGCCACCGCUGGCGGUCCAGCACCUCCUCGACGGCUUUCCGCUCGAGCUCAUGGACGGCGACGCCGGCAUGGCCAACGACAAGUGGAUCCGCGCCAUCCUUCGCUGUCUCGAUGAGGCGUUGCCCGCCGACACGCGCGUCUUCGUGCUCUCGGUCAUGGGCGUCCAGUCGUCGGGCAAGUCGACGUUGCUCAAUAGCAUGUUUGGCGUCCGACUCCGGACGAGCGUCGCGCGCUGCACACGCGGUGUCAACUUGCAGCUCCUCGCGUGCGACCAUGGCGGUGCGUACGACUACAUUUUGCUACUGGACACGGAAGGUAUCCAGUCGCCCGAGUACGUCGGCGUCGACGGCAACGUGUGGCACGACAACCGCAUGGCGUCCGUGGCGAUCUUGCCCGCGGAUGCGACCAUCAUCUUGACAAAGGGUGAGUCGACCAACACGAUCCACGACGUGCUGCCGAUUGUGCUCUCGGCGUUUGCCAACUCGGAGCUCGCGGCCACGUCGGGCGGCCACCUCCCGACGAAGCUCUACUUUGCGUUCAAUCAGAUCGAUGUGACGCAGAAAAACAGCAUGGCCACGAGUCUGCGCGCCCUCGUCGACAGUCUGCGCAGCAGCGCCAAGCAGAUUGCGACCGUGCGGCAGGCGACGGCCACGACGUUUCUGCGCGACUUUGCCGCCGACAUUACGGACGAAGCGACGAGUGCCGUUCGCUUUCUGGGUCUCACGCAAGGCCAGACGACGCCGCCCCACGAUGGGCCGCUGCCCGAUUUUGGCGACCGUCUCGUUCGCUUCCGAGACUACAUCCACUCUCGGGCUGUCGAGGACGGAGCAUGGCGAGCGCGCACCCUCGGCGAGCUCAGCGAGAGCUUGGAUUUGGUCUGGAUGUGUCUUGAGAGCGCCAACUUUGAGCUGGACUUUGCGUCGGCCCACGAACGCGUCGUGUACGACCGGCUGGUGCAAGCCAUGGCAGGGCACACGCAAGCGCUCGCUACGAUCUACAGCGAGGCCUUUGACACGGUGCUGCAGACGAUGAGUGCGGACAGCGCCGCGAGCAAGGCGCCGGAUGGCAACCGCAGCCACAAGUACGAGCUUCUCCUCACGCACCACGCGGAGAGUGCGGUCGGUACGCUGGACGCUGUCGUGGCGACGGCGCUGGGCCAAAACGAGUUUGCCAAGUGGGCCACCGCGAUGGAAACUGCGUGGGCGGACAAGAAGCAGCGGCAAGCGUCGCACUCGUUCCGCCUCGUCCAAUCGAAAGUACAGCACCUUUUCGACUGUGACGCGAUCACCAAGGUAUACAAGGAAGAGCUGCAAGCGGCUAUUGUCGACCACAACGCCAAGUGGGGCCCAGAGACGACGCUGGCAGCCUUUGACUCGAUCUUUGACGCGAUUUUGGUCAAGGCCCGCCAGGCCGAACCGCCGCUCGCCACGCUUGUGCCCAAGCUCGUGCAUGGCGUCAUCCACGACAGCAAUAUCUUUACCCCCGACGAGCUCCGGCUCUUGACAAGCAGCGACGACGACGAUCCGUCCAUGCUCCAAAGCGCAUUACAAUCGGCGAGAAACUGGGUGCAGGGCGCCGACGUCUCACGCGAUGCGAAAGUCGCCGACGCGGUGCACGAUCGCGUGUGCAGCGACCUCGCCGACGUCGACCGCUACGCAGACAACGCCGCGCUCGCGUGCGUGAUGCACGUCAAGCGCCUUUUGAGCGCGAUGCAGUUGAAGCCGUCGGAGCUCAAGGUCGGUCUCCGUGCGCUCGACGCGACGCUCAAGUCGGAGCUCCAGCAGCGCCAAGCGCGCUGGGACGCGGUCAACAGUGUCGUCGCCAAGUUUGAAGCCUUCCGGCCGAGCAUGCUUCGCUUUGCGCAAAGCGUCUGCGAGGGUCAGAAAGCCGCCCAGCUGCUCUCGACGACACUGAACGAGUGGCUCGGUCGCCACUUGACAAAGGCGUUUGCAGUCUCAGCGUGA